GCACGGGUUAGUUACUAGUUAAACACAAAAUAUAUCCAAAGAGAGCAGAAAGUGGUGAGUUGAUCGCGAAAAUGAAGAAAGAGAAUGCAGAAGCAGUCCUCAAUUGCAUUGACUUCUCCAACGACAAUAUCCAACAAUCCGUUAAUUUACUCAAACAGUCUUGCACCGAUUCUGGGUUUUUCUAUAUUAUCAACCAUGGAAUCAGCCAGGAGUUUAUGGACCAGGUUUUUGAUCAGAGCAAGAAAUUUUUCAGUCUUCCACUCAACGAGAAGAUGAAGGUUCUCCGAAACGAUAAGAGUAGGGGAUACACUCCUCUUCUCGAUGAAAUCCUUGACCCUCAGAACCAGUUACAUGGUGAUUUUAAAGAAGGUUAUUAUAUUGGAGUUGAAGCUACUGAUCCACUUGAUCACAAACCUUUUCAUGGCCCAAACUUAUGGCCUGCAUCAGAUGUUCUCCCGGGAUGGAGGGAGACUAUGGAAGAAUACCAACGCCGAGCAUUAGAAGUGGGGAAAGCAGUUGCAAAGAUAAUAGCUCUUGCACUUGAUUUGGAUGCUAAUUUUUUCGAUAAACCAGAAACCCUAGGAGACCCCAUUGCAAUUGUGCGUUUGCUACACUAUCAAGAUAAGAUCUCAGAUCCGUCGCAAGGUUUAUACGCAGCUGGAGCUCAUACCGAUUAUGGUCUGAUUACUUUGUUAGCAACCGAUGAUGUCCCGGGUCUUCAAAUAUGCAAAAAUAAGGAAGCUGAACCUCAGAUAUGGGAGGAUGUGAAACCACUAAAAGGAGCAUUUAUAGUUAAUCUUGGAGACAUGUUGGAGCGCUGGAGCAACUGUACUUUCAAGUCAACAUUGCACAGAGUUAUAGGAAAUGGUCAAGAGAGAUAUUCUAUUGCAUAUUUCUUGGAGCCUGGUCAUGAUUGUCUAGUGGAAUGCUUGCCAACCUGCAAAUCAGAUGCAAAUCCUCCUAAAUUUGCUCCUAUCUAUUACCGGGACUACUUGAGUCAGCGCUAUAAGGAAACACAUGCUGAUCUGCUGGUAUAUGAUAAACAACAAUCCUGAGCAUAUGUGAUUGGGCACCAAUUACAUUUGAGCUGGUAGAUUAGAGAUGUUGAUUAAUCCUAAGAAUAAUAGGUCCACCAUGUAGAGGGUGUUUAAGAGAAAGAAAAAGAGGGUCAAGGGGUAUGAGAAAAGGGUGCUGCCUACUCUUGAGGUUGUUAUAAGAAGUGAGUGGAGAGAAUAAUGGGUAAUGUGGAAUAUUUUCAGUUGAAAAUUUUAGACUCAAACAUUAUUCUAUGUCUAGGCUGGGUCAGUCUUCUAGAGAGUCUAUCUCAAUAUUUCACAAUUCCAUUUUGCUUUCACAUUCUAAUUUCAAAUUUAUGACCUCUUUCUCUA